AUGGCGAGCUCGAGUAACCUUGUUCGUUGGGUAUCUGAUGAACUACACGAUGUCAUCGGUAUUUCUGAUAGAAAUAUUGCUGAAUUUGUCGUUGGCUUAGCUAAAAAAUCCCAAUCCAUCAACGAUUAUGUUGAUAAAUUACGUGAUACUGGUGCUAUUACGGUCAAUAAUAAAGUAAUCGAUUUUGCAAAUCAAUUGUGGGAUAAAGUACCUCAUCAAUCAGCUCCGGCAAUCAAUCCUGCUCGAAUGAAAGAACAACAGGCAUUACAACUUCAAAAACGCAAUAUGAGUUAUAAGCUACUAUCAGAUAGCGAUGAUGAUGUAACAUCGCAUCAAAAUUCUGCCAAGAAAACAAAAAAAGAGAAAAAGAGAAAACAUAUCAGGGAAAGCAAAUGGGAAGACGAUGACGAUGAUAAUAAUUAUAAUCGAAUGGCUGAGGCAAAGUACAUACUAUUGCAAUUGCUUGCAUUGAGUACUAAUAAUGUAAUCGUUAUUGAACAGUCAAAUCUCAAUUAA